AUGGAAGCGAGCAUCAACUACCCAGGAGCCACGAGGGUCCGAAACGAGUUUCGCUCUCGACGACUACAUAAUGAUACCUUUUGGCGCAUGUCAUACCCGUUAGUACUCUCGGGGCCCAUCUUGAAACAUGGAGAGACUCAGAUUAUGGAGUACUCUGGUACCGUUUGCUUCACAGGGGCUUGCGAAGGAGUGAAGCUUGAUCGUCCACCUAAACUGAUACAGGGAGAUGUCAUUGCCAUGCCUUGUAGUGGCCAUUACUUUCAUUUUGUCUUUGAAACUGCUACUAUGCUAGAAGCAUUACAUAUUCAUGGAAUGCUCGAGGAAUUCCCCGAUGCUACUCUACUUUGUUACGAUGCGAUACCUUCCCCCAGUAGUCGGCAAAUGCUGGAGCUCAUGGGGAUACCCCUGCCGGGGCGUAUUGAACUGGGCAAGCCAGAUGUCUUGUACCAGGCCACGGGACUUAUGAUCGUCCCACCCUUUCACAACUAUCACUACCAUCGGGAACCGUAUUCAUCGUACAAUCAGUGGUUGCUGCAAUCGAUUCGUUCUCGAAUGACACCAUCCAAACUCGUAACGAAUACUAGUCGUACUAUUACUAGUGACAAUGAUGGUAAAGGCCGGGCAAUCUUUGUGUCACGAAAGGGGUAUCGUCGGGGGAUACAACAGGAAGAGGAACUGUUUACAAAGUUGAAGACAGUCCUACCUCAUUUGGAGAGUAUCCUUCCAGAUGACUUCUCUGUCGCAGAACAAGCCAACUUAUUUGCUUCUGCCGAUUUGAUUAUCUCACCACAUGGGGCAUCUCUGACCAACUUGAUUUUUGCCGAUUGGUCCAAGGUGACUGUAGUGGAGGUCACCCCUGUGACUAGAGCUGCGAGCUUUCGAAUGGACACAGGGGUACAACGACACUAUCUGUUUACUUGUCCUUCCGAGCCGGGGGAAAAGGAUCUCUGGGACAAGCAUCUGGAUUGUGAUGUAGAUAACAUGGUAGACGUGAUCAAGACGGAUGUCUUGGUGCAUUCCCAUAAUGCGACCUGGCGCCAAAUUGAACCAAAACGAAACAUUCCUGGGACACUGUCACCACCAGCACCCAAAGAGGCAACGAAACAAUAA